GCUGAUUCAAGCAACGUGGCCGAUCAUCUGUGUUCGGAUCUUCAAAAAUACGGACUAACAAGCGAAUCAACUGCGCCUGAUCCGGAAAAACGAUUAAGAUCGCGAAAAAUCCGAUAUUUGACAUGGGACGAUUGGAAGCGUAUUGAUGAGGAGGAGCAAAGACUUGGUGCGAUGCAUGGAAAGAAACGCGAAAAAUUGUUGAGUUUCGAAAAUUUCCUUCACAACGUAUAG